AUGGCCACGCUAACGGAGAACCCGCCCCCGCCUCACAGAUUCGAACAACAUGUCGGGUUCGACAACCUCCCCGUCGGUGAAGCGACCAAGAACAACCCCUCGUCAUUCACGCUUCAGGCGCGCCAUCAAGGUUACCACUCAUCUCGAAGAUCGCGCACAUUCAUGAUCGGCGUCGACGAACACAGCUAUUCGCAAUAUGCCUUGGUCUGGUUGUUGACCCAUAUGGUAGACGACGGCGACGAGAUCAUCUGCGUGCGAGUUAUGGAGAACCCCGUCCGCCCUGACAAGAAUUACCAGGAGGAUGCGAAGAAACUGUUGGAGAUAAUCAAAUCCAAAAACGAGUUGAACAAGGCUAUCAGUAUUAUACUGGAAUACUCGGUUGGAAAGCUACAUGACACAUUCCAACAGCUAGGAAACCAGCUUGGAAUUUACAACCCUUCCAUGCUUGUGGUCGGCACUAAGGGGCGGACCUUGGGGGGGUUCCAAGGGUUGAUGAACGCGCGAAAUUCGUUCUCCAAGUACUGCCUCCAAUAUAGCCCGAUCCCCGUGGUGGUGGUGAGGCCGGACGACAAGCGGCUGAAGAAAAAGGAGAAGCGUUCUCAGGAUCCAGGGCGGCACAGCUACGCCGCUAUGCUGGCGUACAACUCGGGAAAGCACGAGGCCGAUAGUGAAGCCAGCAGUGUAUACGAGUUUGAGAAGGGCAUAUCCCCAGACGAGGAGGCGCAUCGAGUCGCCGCAGCAAUCGGGCUUCCUGCGAGGUUCGACCCCACCAUCAAGCCGUACAACCCCCGCGACACAAGCCGACGGCGGUCCUCGCCGUCGGCGCAUUCCUCUGGACGAACGACUUCUCUUUCCCCACCCCCGACACCGUCGCUUGCCGCCGAGAGCGGGGAGGAGGACAGCGGUGAUGAUGACGACGAAUUUGAGGUUGAGACCGUCUCCGGUCAGCAGCUCGCCGCGGCAGCCCGGAAACAGACCGGGCUUGAAGAACAAAAGGAGCGACUCCACGCUAUGGAAGUUGGCGAAGCUGCUGCUCUCCUCAAGUCAGGCAACUCGAAAACGCUCGAGGAUGAUGACGACGACGAUGACGAAUCUCAGGAGAGGGCACCGGAACGCGCAACCAAGUCAUAG